AUGAAAUGGAUUUUGUCACACAUAAAUCCAGUUACAAGUAAUGGGGACCCAACAUUUGUUGAAAUGAACAAUGUGAUACACAUGGAUGAGAAAUGGUUCUAUCUGAACCCUGACAAGAGGAGGUUUUACCUCCUACCUAGUGAGGAAGAUCCUUAUAGGCCUAUACAUUCCACAAGUUUCAAGCUUAAAGCAAUGUUUAUGGGCUUAAUUGGGAAGCCAUUGUAUGACACAGAUGGGGGACUACUUCAUGAUGGGAAAUAUGGAAUGUUCCCAUUCACAGUCAAACAACUAGCCAAGAAGUCAAGUAAAAACAGAGUAGCAGGAACAUGGGAAACAAAAGCAAUACAGAAUGUAAACAGAGAGGUCAUCAAAGACAUGUUGGUGGCUAAUGUCAUUCCAGCAAUUAUUUCAAAGUGGCCUGACAGUCAGCCAAAACAUAUUGUAAUCCAAUGGGACAAUGCAAGGCCUCACCAAGUUCCUACUGAUGCAGAGUUUAUGGCAGCAACAACAGCUCAUGGAUUUAACAUUCAAUUUGUUUUCCAACCACCACAAUCACCAGAUUUGAAUUCUUUUCCUAACAACCUAGAUGAGUUAGUUACAAAAGUGCAAGAAUCUUAUGAGGCAUUCAAUCCUCAAGUCAACAAGUACAUUUGGUUGUCUUUGCAAAAGUGCAUGAUUGAGAUCCUUAAGGUACAAGGUGGGAAUAAGUACAAAAUACCCCACAUGAACAAGAAAAAACUCGAAAACCUUGGAGAGUUGCCAAAUCAUGUACCAGUGCAGAAGGAACUUGUUUUGGAAGCAGUGGAGUACCUAGACACUAUGUUUAGGCCAGUAGAUGAGGGGACUGAACAAGGAACAGAAGAAUUUAAGGUAGAUGCAGACUGA